GCCAGGCCACCCACCACCAACACACCCACCACACCGACCAUCGACAUGGCAAAAUCGUUGCGUUCAAAGGUGAAACGAUCAUUCCGUGCAAAGAAGCGGGUCGAGGGCGUUUACGCAGCAACAGCAGCCGCUCGGCUACAACGGUUAAACAGCAAGCUCGUGGAGAUUACCAAGAGAGAUGUAGAACGAGAGACACCAGGAGGAGACGCCGAUGAAGCAGAAGACGUUCCAGGUUGGUUGAUUAACGCUUUGGCCUUGAUGCCCAAUAUCCGAAGCCUUCAACCUCAAGAUCUCGCCUAUUUAUCUGGAACAUUCCCCACCCCCACUUCGACCUAUCUCACAGCUUAAAGCUGCCCUGCGAUACUAAUCGCGCCACGUUUUUCGACCCUUCCCCCACCACCUUUAUACCAUUUCAUUGAUUCUUCAUGCCUCGAGCCCUUUUCCGUUCGUGGAUGAACAAUCAUUGACACCCUAUUCUCUUCCCUCAACAGCCGAUAACGCGGCGUCGACCACACAACCAGGUACAUACCUGACCAACCCUUGACCACACCCGACUUGUGCUUAACGUGCUCCUUUAGACGAUGGUAUGGCAGUCGAUGGUGAAUCGACAGAACCCAAGCGUGUCUCGACCCAUGGUCCCCGCAACUCCCGGAGAGAACAGUGGCGGGCGUCGAAGGGUAUGACUCCCAAGCCACCCAUCAAGGGCAUGAACCGCCAAGGCGGUGUUGCAGCGCGAAGAAAAGCUGGACGCUCGAAAAGAAGACGAUGAUUUCACUGUGUACAUUAUACUUAGGCCUGCUCGUUGUAUGUAUCCUAUCCUCUAAUUUACGUAUUACAAACUCAUUAUAUCCUAAAUGUCGUUUGUCU